AUGCGGGCGACGGAAGACAACGAGCCGAGGCGAUGGCGUUGCCGAGCGUGGCGCUGACGCGAUACUUGCUGCUGCUGGCGCAGGAGAACUUGGAAUUCCGGCUGCCGGAAAUAAAGUCUUUGGUUUCCCUCUGUGGUGGACGAUUCAGCAGUCAACAGGAGCUUAGAUUAAAUUCCCCAUUUUGGAUUCUUAGCCUGCCUUCAGAAGAGAUGGCAAGAGGUCUGAUGAAGCGAACAGUAUGUGCAAAAUCUAUAUUUGAACUGUGGGGUCAUGGGAAAACUGCAGAAGAGCUGUAUUCUUCAUUGAAGAAUUAUCCAGGGGAGAAAAUGAGCCCAUAUUUACAGUCCAACUUUACAUACAAAAUAAAGGUUCAUGUUUUUAACAAAACAUUAACACAAGAAGAGAAGAUUCAAAGGAUAGAUUCUCUAGAUUUUUUACCAUUUGAAGGAAAGGUGAAUUUAAAGAAACCGGAUCACUUAUUUUGGUUUUUAGAAGAUUAUGGGAUGGAUCCAAACAAUAUUCCAGAACAGCCUAUUGCUUUAUAUUUUGGAAGAUGGAUUGCCAGUGGACAAAGGGAGCUUAUUGAGUCAUACAGUGUAAAAAGGAGACAUUUUAUUGGGAACACAAGCAUGGAUGCCUGCUUGGCUUUUAUCAUGGCAAACCAUGGGAGAGUAAAACCAAAUGAUGUUGUGUUUGAUCCGUUUGUUGGAACAGGUGGACUUCUUAUAGCCUCAGCCCACUUCGGAGCAUAUGUAUGCGGGACAGAUAUAGAUUAUAACACAGUACAUGGACUGGGCAAAGCUAGCAGGAAGAACCAAAAGUGGAGAGGACCUGAUGAAAAUAUCAGAGCCAACCUUCGCCAGUAUGGUUUAGAAAAGUGCUACCUUGAUAUAUUCGUUUCUGAUGCAUCAAAACUCAUAUGGAGGAAGGGGGUGCAGUUUGAUGCAAUACUCACAGACCCUCCAUAUGGCAUACGAGAAGCCACCAGAAGAACUGGCUCACAGAAAGAAAUGGCUAAAAUGACAGAAAGAGGCACCGAAAAUCACAUCUCCGUUUCGUCAAAUUAUCAUCUGAGUGACAUCCUUUUUGACCUGUUAAAAUUUGCUGCUGAAUACCUCGUGAUUGGAGGAAGAUUGGUCUACUGGCUUCCUGUAUACAAACCAGAAUAUACAGAAGAGAUUAUACCCCAGCACCCAUGUCUGAAACUUAUUAGCAACUGUGAACAGACGCUUUCCAGCCACACGUCAAGACACCUGAUAACCAUGGAAAAGGUGAAAGAAUUUGAGGAUGAAGACCGCGAUUCUCACAUAUUAGACAGCCAGUAUUUACCAUACAAAAGUCACAAUUACUUUCGUGAGAAAUAUUUCAGUGGAGUGACAAAGAGGAUCGCCAAGGAAGAAAAAGACAGCCAGAAAUAAUUCUUAAAAAAAAAAAAAGUCCGAAAGCAAAGAACGCACAAGGUUUGCAUUUGGCUGUUAAAACAUCUGGACCUCAACAUUAUGUGGAUGCUUCAGAGAACAAAUACUGUUUUUAAUUUUUUUAAACUCAAAGCAAAAGCCACAACAUAAGUUAAGAACAGUUCUUUUUCAUUAACUUUGUUUAUACCAGAUUAUUGCACAAGGUUUUUUUUUACUCUUAUUUAAUUUAUUUUUGUACUUCAAGUUCUAAUGAUAAUUGACUGUAACCUUUAUCACUAUUAUUGUUUUUAGCCCAUUACCGCUAGCAAAAAAUACUAGUAUUGUUUGGCUUCUUAAACUGUGAACAUCUGGAAGUCUUAAAUAGACAUAAUAUAAUGAUUUUUUAAUAUAAGGAAGAUUGAUUUCAUUUGUUUUCUUCUUUUGUAACUGAUAGAUAUAUAAUAAAUUCAGCAAGAAUGGUUGUGAAUUUUUAAAA